UUCGACCGGCUUUCUGUCAGACCGGUUUAGGGAAGUAGGGCACAGAGAGCAUUCAGUUCUUGCUAGGGCUAACCUGGGAAGGAUUUCUCUGAGGAGAAAGAACAAUGGCAUCUCUCUUCAAGGAUCUCAGCAAGAUUUCAGCCUACAGAGAUAGAAGGUUCCAGGGGACACAGGAAGAAUUUGAGGAAGCUCUGCUUAAAUCUACUACUGUUUAUGUGGGGAACAUGUCCUUCUAUACGACUGAGGAGCAAGUUUACGAGCUGUUCUCUCGUGCUGGAGAGAUAAAAAAGAUUGUCAUGGGUCUUGACAAGAACAGCAGAACUCCAUGUGGUUUCUGUUUUGUGAUGUACUACUCUAGAGAAGAUACUGAAGAUUCAGUUAAAUAUAUAAGUGGGACAAUCCUUGAUGAUCGUCCUAUUCGUGUAGAUUUUGAUUGGGGUUUCAUGGAAGGCAGACAGUGGGGUCGCGGUAAAAGUGGAGGACAAGUACGCGAUGAAUAUCGCACUGAUUAUGAUCCAGGUAGGGGUGGUUAUGGAAAGUUGGUGCAAAAGGAGUUGGAAGCACAGAGACAACUUGUGGAUUAUGGUACUGGAUCAUUGGGCAACUUCCCACCUGUUAUGGCACCUCAAUAUGGUCGGCAAGGUGGACAUGGGGGUUCUUAUCGACAUGGCAGAGAUUACUAUCGCAAGAGGCAUCGUGAAGAUGAUCGCCACAGACUUGAUUACUCAAAGAGAGUUUACCGCCGUGAACCUGUGAGAGACUCCGACCAUGAAGCUCGACCGGAGAAGAAUCCACGUUUCCGUGAAAGUGGUGACUCCGAUGAAGAAGAUGACGACGAUCAGAAGCAAUCCCAUUAGUCACUUCCAAGGAAUCUCGUUAUCGUGUCUAGAGUUUGCGGCCCCUCCCGUGGAAAGAAACCUUUCGACUAAGAUUUUCUUUCCUAUUCCUUCCCAUAUCUGCCGGGUUGUGGCCAUUUCAUUUUUAGUCGCUUAAAGUAGCAUUUCUCUGUAUACUGCUUUGCAUUACAGACUUGCAGAUAUUGUGUACUGAAAACUUGGGUAGAGUUCAGUGAUCUUAGAGCUGCCUUUGUAACUUCAUUUCCCAGAUUGGUCUUUAUUUAGUUCAGAAGAAAUAUAUAUUAAUCAUUGAGUAUA